AUGAAUAAUUUACCAUUCGAGCUCCAGACGGAGAUAGUCAAGAAUAUACAGAAAGAUGUGACGGAUGUAGGGGACUUGCUUAGGAGAGCGAGCGAUGCCCAAACAAUCGAAAUCGCCGGAUCUCUGUUGAAGACACACUUGCAUGACCUCUGGAGCCUUACUCAAGUCAGUCGUCGACUACGAGAUGUCACAAGACCAAUACUAGCUCGGAUACGCCAAUAUAUCUUGCAAGAUCUUAUUCAACCUUCGCCGUGGGCGUACAAGGAGGCAGAAAGCUCAGGACAAGCAGCCGUCGAAGCCCUCAUUAACAAACUUCUCGAUGACAGUCCAUAUGUUGCCUUCCGUGAAAUCUGCAAAGAGCCCAACAAAAACCUCGAGUCCAUCGAAGACUGCCUGUUAUUCCCAUACUUAGAUUCGAUCUGCAGAUUGCCGAAGAGGUGGCACUCAUGGGCAGUCCACAACACCAUGCCAAGCAAACCCUACGUAUUUCCCUCACCAUUUCAACUCGUAUACGCAGAACGCCUAAAACCAGCACUAAAACUAGUAAAAAAGAAUGAGGAUUGGUCAUGGUUCAAGUUUACAGCGCCGGGAGAUCUGCUGAAGUCAUUUGCAGACGAGAAAUCCGGGGAGAAAUGGUUCCUGCCUCCGUGGGUUCACUAUCCGCUGAAGACUGACCCCCUUGGCUGGAACCUUGAUAAAUGGAUCCUGAGAGAAUUGCGAGAUGGAGAAUACAAGGGUUUGCUGGCUUUACUUAAAGCCUUCAAUCCCGAUACAGCGGUGCUGCGGUGGUAUAGAAAGGAGAAUCGGUAUGAAAUUGCCGCGAAGCCGCCUGCCGAACAGCAGAAAUCAAAGAAGAGGAAGAGGGCAACGGCUUCAAAGGCAGCAAAGAAGGAGAAAAGGGUAGCGACCUCAAAGGCAGCAAAGAAGGAGAAGCCCAAGAAAAAGAUGACGAAGAAAGGACCCAUAAAGGAGGGAAAUCGGGUAGAAAAGGCAGGACGAAAGCAGAAGAAGUGA